AUACCCAGACCUGGGUUUGAAGUAGUGUAAAAGCAGACGAGGAGAAAGAAGGUGCUGCGAGGGCUAGUGCUAUCUUCUCUUCCAGCCUGCAGCCUCGGACACUGAUUCGAGCAGCGCCUUACCGCGCAGCCCAAGAUUCACCAUGGUGAAAAUUGCUUUCAACACACCCACCGCGGUGCAAAAAGAGGAGGCACAGCAAGACGUGGAGGCCCUUGUAAGCCAUAAGGUCCGAGCUCAAAUCCUGACUGGCAAGGAACUCCGAGUUGCUGUCAAGGAAAAAGAAGGCUCCUCUGGGAGAUGCAUGCUUGCUCUCUUAGGCCUUUCAUUCAUCUUGGCAGGACUUAUUGUUGGUGGAGCCUGCAUUUACAAGUACUUCAUGCCCAAGAGUACCAUCUACCGUGGAGAGAUGUGCUUCUUUGAUUCUGAGGCCCCUGCAAAUUCCCUCCAAGGAGGAGAGCCCUACUUCCUGCCUGUGACAGAAGAGGCUGACAUUCGUGAGGAUGACAACAUCGCAAUUAUUGAUGUGCCUGUUCCCAGUUUCUCUGAUAGUGACCCUGCAGCAAUUAUUCACGACUUUGAAAAGGGCAUGACUGCUUACCUGGACUUGCUGCUGGGGAAAUGCUAUCUGAUGCCCCUCAAUACCUCCAUUGUUAUGCCUCCAAAGAAUCUGGUGGAGCUCUUUGGCAAACUGGAAAGUGGCAAAUACCUGCCUCAUACCUACGUGGUUCGUGAAGACCUGGUUGCUGUGGAGGAGAUUCGUGAUGUUAGUAAGCUUGGCAUAUUUAUUUAUCAACUUUGCAACAACCGCAAGUCCUUCCGGCUUCGUAGAAGAGAUCUCUUGCUGGGUUUCAACAAACGUGCCAUCGAUAAGUGCUGGAAGAUUAGACAUUUCCCCAACGAAUUUAUUGUUGAGACUAAGAUCUGUCAAGAGUAAGAGACAACAGAAAAUGAGUAUACUUAGUAAUAGGAAGUCAGAGAUUUACAAUAUGACUUCAGCUUUAAAGUGUGUGGGAUACUCAAGAUAUUUACUCAUGCAUUUACUCUAUGGCCUAUAUUUAAAAAAAAAAAAAGGGAAAAAAUAACCCCUACUAACCACUGCAAGCUCUUGUCAAUUUUUAAUUUAAUUUUAAUUGCUUAUUGUUUGAAAGUGAAAUGAAAUAAUUCUUAUGUUUUUCUUUUGAAUUUAUAGGGUUUAGAUUUUUGAAAGCAGCAUGAAUGUGUCAGCUAACACCCUGACCAUGAAUUUCAUCCUUUGUGUGUAUGCGUGUGUGUGUGUGUGUGUGUGUGUGUGUGUGUGUUUAGGUAAUCUCUUUAAUCAUAUGGUAGAUUAUGUUCUAAAUUUAAAAUAUUUAAAAUUGUUUUUGACAUUUUCGUGUAAAAAGUCAAAUUGCUUAACAUUGUUAAGUUUCAUUUUGCUUUUCAUUUUGUGCAACUUUUUGGAAUUUAGAAAUUACAUCUUAGCAUUUCUGUUAAGUGCUCUGUAAUAGAUCUGACUUAUAUGUAAAAAAAUUUAUAAAGAAGUCAUUAUCACUAAUGCAAUGAUUUUUUUCUCGCUGAUAACUGUAUUGUGAAUUCCACAAAACUAUGUACGUGCUGAAUGCUAUAAGGAAUUUAGGUUGUAUGAAUUCUACAACCCUAUAAUAAAUUU